AUGACGGAUGCGUUGUUCUCGCUUAAAGGCGAGACGGCUGUUAUCACUGGCGGCACGAGAGGAAUUGGACAAGCUGUUGCCAUUGGACUUGCAGAAGCGGGUGCGGAUAUAAUCUUGGUUCAACGGUCUACAGCAUCGACUGAGACCAAAGAUGCCAUCGAAGCUCUCGGUCGCAAAGCCCACAUAUACACAGCCGAUCUCGCCAACGCAGAAGAUGUAGCAGGCCUGAUCCCACGUAUUCUAGCGGACGGACAUACGAUACGAAUCCUCGUGAACUGCGCGGGCAUUCAGAUUCGACAUGCGCCCGAAGUCUUCCCCGACGCUGACUACCGCGCGGUUAUGGGCGUCAACGCGGACACAGUAUUCACAUUAACCCGGGACGCAGGCGCGCACAUGCUCGGUCUCGAACCCUCCGCCGUAACGGGCCGGCGCGGCAGUAUCAUCAACUUCGCGAGCCUGCUCUCGUUCCAGGGAGGACUCAACGUGCCCGCGUACGCCGCGAGCAAAGGUGCCGUGGCGCAAAUGACGAAGGCUUUCGCGAAUUCGUGGACGCAGAAGGGCGUCAAUGUCAAUGCUGUGGCGCCCGGGUACAUCGCGACGGAGAUGAACACAGCUUUGAUCAAUGACGAGGAGAGAGCGGCGAGCAUUGGUGCGAGGAUUCCGGCUGGGCGUUGGGGAGAUCCGGAUGACUUCAAGGGCAGCUCUGUGUUUCUGGCUAGCAAAGCGAGCGCGUAUGUGAGCGGACAUACAUUAGUGGUGGAUGGUGGAUGGAUGGGUCGGUAA